AUGGUGGACGCUGCGCCUAGUAGCUUAUAUGACCCGCAUCAGACAAUCGCCCUGGGCGUUGUCGUCGCCUUUCCCGUGCUGGGAGGCAUCGCGGUGGUCUUGCGGGCCUGGAGUCGCUAUUUGACUCGGUCCCGCUGGGGAGGAGAUGAUGUCCUCAUCCUGAUGGGAUAUAUUCUGGCCAUCGGUCAAUCCAUCACCUCCUGGUCUUACAUCAAGACCAACUACGUGGGCAUCCACAUCUGGGACAUCCCCGUAGACUACGACCGAACGCAAGGGCUCAUCUGGAACUAUGCCAACCAGCUGCUGUACAACCCGUGCCUGACCAUGGUGAAGCUAUCUAUCCUGCUCUUUCUGCGUCGACUGGAAUGCCACUCGCAGCGGGUCAACCUGCUCAUCUGGUCCACCAUGUUCCUCACUGUCGCCUUGUUCGUGGCCGUGCUCUUUGUCGACAUCUUCCAGUGCCGCCCGGUCGUCUAUGUCUACGACCUCUCUAUCCCAAACGGGUCAUGCAUCAACCAGGGGGCGUUUUAUGUCACCACUGCUGCCGUCUAUCUCUUCACGGAUCUGCUCGUUCUGUCCAUCCCCAUCAUCAUGACCUGGUCGCUUCAGAUGCCGCUGAAGAGGAAGAUUGCGGUUUGCGUGAUUUUGUGUAUGGGUGCGGUGGCUACCGGGGUCGGCGUCUGGCGCAUCGUCCUCCUCGCCGAAGCCUUCUUCCCGUCUCAUCCGGUGUAUGAUGCCACCUACUCGAUCGGCUUCUGUAGCUCGGCCGUGGAGGUCCACGUUGCCGUGAUGGCAGCCUGCGCGCCCUGCCUCAAGGCCAUUGCCAGCACCUACUUGCCUCGUCUGCUGGGCACGUCCCGCCGGACCGACUAUCCCGCCACCCCCCAGCAAUAUCCCACGCCCACUCCUACGUCUUCGCGCUGCCGCUACUCACGCUUCCAGGACGAUGCAGGGCGCGGCGGGAUGAAGGACACGGCCCACGCCGUCGAGAUGGCGGCGAUGGCGCGGGAGAUGCGGAAAUACCAUCAGUACGCCGGGGCGGACGGGUCCACUCUGAGUAGCGAAGAUGCCACGACGGCCCAUGGCAUUCUGAAAACCACGGCGCUCUCGGUGCGAUACACGACAGACGGGGCCUCGGAGGGGGGUGGGGACCGGAGAGAGGGGAGUGUAGAUCGGCUGGUUUAA